AUGCAUUCUCUCUACCUUUCCUUACCGAUAUUCUUUAAUAUCUUUUUUCUUCUUCAAUUCCUCGUUCUUUUCUUUCCUCUUAGCUUUCUCAUUCUCUUCUUUCCUCUUCAUUUUCUCGUUCUCUUCUUUCCUCUUCGCUUUCUCGUCUUUUCUUUCUUCAUCGCUUUCUCGUUCUUUUCUUUCCUCUUCGCUUUCUCGUUCUUUUCUUUCUUCAUCGCUUUCUCGUUUUCUUCUUUCCUCUUCGCUUUCUCGUUCUUUUCUUUCUUCAUCGCUUUCUCGUUCUUUUCUUUCUUCAUCGCUUCCUCGUUUUCUUCUUUCCUCUUCGCUUUCUCGUUCUUUUCUUUCUUUUUCAUUUCUUUACUUUCAUUCUCUUCUUCUUCUUCUUCUUCUUCUUCUUCUCUAUCCCUUAUAUUUCAUUUUUGUUUUGUUUUUUUUUCGCUACUUUUUCUUUAUUUUGCUUUUCUUCUUCGCUUCCUUUCGCAUUUUUUACUCAACUUCUUUCGACGCGUCGCCUUCUUUGUUCACACGACCUUUUUUCUUUCUUUCUCUUGCCAGCAACUCUUGUGCUACACUCACCUCCUCCCCCCACCUUCUCUCCCCCUCCCUCCCUACCUCCCCCACCCCCCAUUCUUUUUUUUUUUUACUGAGGCAUUUUCUCAACGGGAACUUAGUCAUCAGCAAGUGAAACUCGAUUCAAGGUGCUCGCUUAUUCAUUCAGCCGCUAGUGGAAUCUGUCUUGUUUCAUUCCAUUCAACGCUCUGUCUAUCUAUCUAUCUAUCUAUCUAUCUAUCUAUCUAUCUGUCUGUUGUUCACUAA